AGGUAUUACGGGAAAUCGCUUCCAUUCGGAGCAGCCUCCUUUCAGGGGCCGAACAUUGGCCUGCUGACCGUGGAGCAAGCUUUGGCCGAUUACGCGGUUCUCAUCGCGUGGCUGAAGGAGCAGCACCGGGCGCAGAGCGUGCCAGUCAUCGCCUUCGGGGGCAGUUACGGAGGGAUGCUCAGCGCCUACAUGAGGCUGAAGUACCCCAACCUGGUGGACGGGGCCCUGGCUGCCAGCGCCCCUGUGCUCUCCACCGCAGGGAUUGGAGACCCUGGCCAGUUCUUCAAGGAUGUCACAGCAGAUUUUGAGAACUACAGUCCAGCGUGUGCCAAGGCUGUGCGAGAAGCAUUCAGACAAAUCAAAGACCUCAGCCUGGCUGGAGCUUAUGGGCGAAUCACCACGAAGAUGGGCCUCUGCCACAAGGUUUCCACUCCAGGGGACAUCAGGCAGCUCUUUGAGUUCAUCCGCAACGCCUUCACCAUGAUGGCUAUGAUGGAUUAUCCGUACGUGACUGAUUUUAUGGGCCACUUUCCAGCAAACCCCGUCAAGGUUGGCUGUGAACAGGUGUUGGCCAGUAAGGACCCCAUCCGAGGACUGGCAGCUCUUUCAGGAGUAUUUUACAACUCCACGGGGACGGAAAGCUGUUUUGACAUCUACGAGAUGUACCAUAGAUGUUCCGAUCCAACCGGCUGUGGCUUAGGCCCCAAUGCUGAAGCUUGGGAUUAUCAGGCCUGCACCGAGAUCAACUUAACGUUCGACAGCAACAACGUGACCGACUUUUUCCCGGAGCUGACCUUCCCGGAGGCCGCCCGGGAGGGCUACUGCUUCCGCAAGUGGGGGGUCUGGCCCCAGCCAUCGUGGCUGCGCACCAACUUCUGGGGCAGCG